AUGGAGGAGGAAACAACCGACUCGGAAGACGAUGAAGACAGUGAACUUAAACUUGUUCUAUGUGUUCGAACAGACCUUGAAAUGGGCAAGGGAAAGAUUGCUGCCCAGUGUGGUCACGCAGCACUCGGUGCCUACAUCAACGCUGUCAAUCGCAAUAACCCAUAUCUUGAUGCGUGGAUGAGAUCCGGUCAAAGGAAAGUGGUAGUCAAGGUUAAGGGGAGGACCCAAAUACCUGCUGGAUCACACACUGUUAUAGCCAUAGGGCCAGGGGAAAUGCUGGUCAAUAGGGCACUCGGUAAAGUUGCCGCGGCUACCGCGAGGCGUGCGAAAGAUGCGUCACUUAGGCCAACGGCAGCUAUAAGAAGGAUUGAAAGGGGACCGGGAAUAUGCUCUACGUUCUACCGCACAUUAAUCGCCCCUUGGUUUUUUCGUAUGUUUUCAGGGCCCCUGGAAAGAUGGCAACAAGCCUGCCUUACCAGGUAUCUCAGGGAACAUGGCCUUCUCUAUGACGACCUUAUGAGCGAAAGGGAACCUAUCGUAGAACGGGCACUGGAGAUGCUCCCUGAAGAUUUAGCCACUGCUAGAUUCAGGAGAAUUGCAAGAGGAAUGCAUAUAUCAACGCUGAGGAUGUAUCCUCCACUUGAGGAACAGAACUACGACCCCUUCGUGCCUUAUCUAGCCCCGUACAUAGAAGAGGCAAAAUUCCAAUUACAAGAGGAAGAAGAAUUGCUAGGAUACCACCCACAAGAUCGGCGAAUAUUUUGCGGUGGUACCACAGGGUUUGGAGAUAUGGAUCCAGGUAUGCACUUUUUGACCUCGCUUCCCAAUCUCUACGGAGCGGGCAUGGGAAACAUGAAAAAGAAGUAA